AUGUCAGCAAUACUAACAGUGGCCUUAAAUAGCAAGCAUGAAGAGUGCACGUGCUCUCAAAAUACAGAGAGGAGACGGCGUUUGGAAAAGGCGCAGAAAGUGAAAGGGGCCCUUCGUGUGUGUGUGUGUGUGUCCCAGAAGGGGCCCUUCGCACACACCCCCCCCCAGACAGGGCCCUUCACCCCCUCCCCUCACACAGAUCCCCCCUUGCUGUCCUACAGGAGGAAGAGAGACACCGAGGGCUUCGGCGAGGAGGCGAGGGAACCCACGACCGGUGAUAAUAUCAGAGAGUUUUUGCUGAGUCUCAGAUAUUUUCGAAUCUUCAUUGCCUUGUGGAAUGUCUUCAUGAUGUUCUGCAUGAUUGUGUUAUUUGGAUCUUGAAAGUCAUUCACAAACGCGGCCCUUAACUUGGAAGAUACUUUUGGCUGGAAACAUAACUUUUUCUACAAAAGAUUAUAAUGCUUUCAAAAUACAGCCCUGGGAUUGUGGCCUGUUCUUCGGCACAAGCUCCUCUUCAUGUGGGACAGGACACGUUCAGCCUCUUCAGCCCAUCCCAUCACACACGGUGCAGGCUGCGUCACUCGCUGCCGGGGGGACCGAGCCUUUAGGUCCCUGAGCCAAAAAAAUCUUCAAAGUAAAAUGAUUUCAACUUUCUGGAAAUAAAGCGAACUGUAAAUCGUGUAGCUAGGCUUAGAGCACGGUGCUUAGAGUCUGCAGGGUGGAACCAGAGCACGACUGAAGACCACAAUCUUAAAACUCGGCGUUGUUAGUCCCCCCCCAGCUCGUGAUGUGUCUCCUGGUGUCACCCUUGUCUCGCGUCCCUGGAAGUUGCACUUCUCCGGUCUCGUUUUUAUAAAGCUCAGCAAAACGUUGGUGUGUAGCACCAACUGUCUCACUAUUCCAUUUAGUUUUGUUGGAGAAAUAGAAAAGGAUGAUUUAAAAAAAUGGGAUUCUCACCUUCUGUUUUUCCAAAAAUGCUUUUUAAAUUAAAAUUUCAAAGGUUCCUUUUUUUUUUUUUCUAAGCAAUAUGUAAGGGAUUUUGAAUAGGGAAAAUGUCAACAAUUCUGUAAGUCAAUGUUAAGGAAUAGUUUUGGAAUAACGUUGGAUUUGGUUGAAUAAAGUUGUUCUAUUUAAGGGUAAAACAUA